AUGAGAUACUCCAUCGCGGCCGCGGUCGCGCUGUUUGCUGCUGCAAACGCAGACACCGCCGCUCGCCCUCCUCCUGCGCCCGCGUGCCGCAAUCUUCCCGGCGAUGCUGGAUGGCCAUCCGCAGCCUCAUGGGCGUCGCUGAACAAGACGCUCGGCGGCCGCCUCAUCGCCACGGUCCCUCUGGGCACGCCAUGCCACGACCCCAAGUACAACCAGAACGUUUGUGCCAAUUUGCAGGCCAACUGGGAGCUGCCGCAGACACACUACGUGACCUCGUCGUCCAUCAUGCAACCCUUCUUCGCCAACCAGAGCUGCGAUGCCUUCACGCCCGAGUCCCGGCCCUGUCUCCUGGGCAACUACGUCAGCUAUGCCGUCAACGUCUCGUGCACCGCCGACGUGUCUGCCGCGCUGGCCUUUGCUACCAGGAACAACAUCCGCGUGGUUGUCCGCAACACCGGCCAUGACUUCUUUGGCCGUUCUACCGGUGCUGGCGCGCUGGGCAUCUGGACUCACAACCUGAAGAGCGUCAGCGUCCAGAACUACUCGAGCAAGAACUACACCGGCCCCGCGAUCAAGGUCGGUGCCGGAAUCCAAGGCUUUGAGAUCCUCGAGGCUGCCCACGCUGCGGGCUAUGUUGCCGUCACCGGCGAGUGCCCGACCGUUGGCGUCGCCGGAGGCUUCACCCAGGGUGGCGGCCACUCUGCUCUCAGCACCCAGUUUGGCCUCGGCGCCGAUCAGACGCUCGAGUUCGAGGUUGUCACCGCUGCCGGCACCGUCGUGACUGCUUCUGCCUCGCAGAACAGCGACCUGUACUGGGCUCUGAGCGGAGGCGGCCCCGGCUUUGGCGUCGUUACCUCCAUGACGGUCAAGGUCCAUCCCGAGACCACCAUCGGUGGUGCUCAGAUCGACAUUCUUGCCGCCACCACCACCCCGGACCUCUUCAACCAGGUCAUUUCCGAGUUCUACGCCAUGAUUCCCACCAUGAUCGACCAGGGCGCCAUGGUGGUGUACCUGAUGAACAACCAGAUCCUCGAGGUCAAGCCGAUCACCGUCUGGAACUCCACCGCCGACUACGUCGAGAACACCGUCCUCGCCCCCUUCACCGCACUGCUCUCCCAGCUGGGCGUUCCCGCCACCAUCAAGUACACCGAGCUCUCGUACUUUGACCACUACGCAACCUACAUGGGCCCUCUCCCCUACGGCAGCCUCGACGUCGGCGACUUCAACUACGGCAGCAGGCUGAUCCCCCGCAGCGUCCUCGUCAACAACAACGACGGUCUGCAGGCCGUCAUCCAGAACCUCACCGCCCAGGGCGUCGUCAUGGCCGGCAGCUCCGCAAACUACGCCCGCCCCGCCGGCGUCAACAACGCCGUCCUGCCGGCAUGGCGAAACACCACGAUCCACCUGCAGAUCGGCACGCCCUGGAACAACACGGCCCCCUUCUCGCAGAUGAUUGCGGACCAGAACACCAUUACCCACGAGUACAUGCCCCAGCUUGAGGCCGUGACUCCCGGCAGCGGCAUCUACAUGAACGAGGGCGAUUUCCAGCAGCCCAACUUCCAGCAGGAGUUCUUCGGCUCCAACUACAACACGCUUCUUGCAAUCAAGAAGAAGUACGAUCCCAAUGCGCUCUUCUGGGGUAACCGCCUGGUGGGCAGUGAGGCCUGGACUGUUGCUAGCAACGGAAGGAUGUGCCGUGCCUCAUAA